GCUGCUGGGUCAGGGGUUUAAACAAUGCAGGGGUAGGGGGUUGCUCAGGUAUAAAAGUAAGGGCUUUUAACAGAAACAACAUCAGUGUACCAAUAGCACAGAUCGUAGCAACAACCACCGCCAUCAUGACCAUGGGCAAGAUCACGUUCUACGAGGAGAAGAACUUCCAAGGUCGCUCCUAUGAGUGCAUGAGCGACUGCUCCGACAUGUCCUCCCACCUGAGCAGGUGCCACUCCUGCAGGGUGGAGAGCGGCUGCUUCAUGGUGUACGACCGCACCAACUACAUGGGAAACCAGUACUUCAUGAAGAGGGGAGAGUACUCUGACUAUAUGAGCAUGAUGGGCAUGAGGGACUGCAUCAGGUCCUGCCGCAUGAUCCCCAUGCACAGAGGCCAGUUCAGGAUGAAGAUCUACGAGAGGGAGAACUUCGGUGGUCAGUCCAAUGAGAUGAUGGACGACUGUGACAACAUCCAGGAUCGUUACCGCAUGUCCGACUGCCAGUCCUGCCACGUGAUGGACGGACACUGGCUGAUGUACGAGCAGCCCCACUACAAGGGCAGGAUGAUGUACAUGAGGCCCGGAGAGUACAGGAGCUUCAGGGAUAUGGGCAUGAGUGGCCAGAGGUUCAUGAGCAUGAGGCGUAUCAUGGAUUCCAUGUAAAUCCUGAUAAAUUAAAUGUAAAUAAAGAUACAAAAUGAUUAACUGGUAAAAUGAAAA